AUGGCCAACAGCGCGUGGGCGCCAACCUGCGUCACGCCCGGCGAUGACCCAUCAGCGCGCGCAAUCGAACGUGCUUCCUCUCAGAGGUUGGAUGAAUGGUGCGAGCAAAGAUGUGGAGAGGUGAACCUGCUCAGCUUGGUAGAAGCAUUUCACCUUGCUGGCCAACUUGAGGAGACAUUCAUAGAUGCAGCGCGACGUGCCCUACUGCGGCAUGCCAGCGUGAGAGACGAGCCGGGCAUGGAGGAUCCUUCCGUGCCACAGGAGCUCCAGAUCCUCCCGUCGGAGUUGCAGUCCAACGCAGUGACUGAGCCCAGGGUCCUUGCUCGUGUGCCAGGGCUUUUCGUGCUGUGGAAACCGCCUGGAUGGUCGGCAGCCACGGUCGACCAGGCCGUGGGGUCUGCCCAACCCCUGGCUUUGAAGGAUUGGUUGCAAGAGCACUUUGGGCACCUUCCCAUAGUUUGCGAUGAAGGAGUUACCUUUGGCAUGGUCCAUCGACUCGACCGUUUUACAUCGGGCGCAUUGUUGUGGGCACCUUGUUACAGGGGUUUGUAUGAAGCGCGGCUUCAGUUCUCAGCAAGGAAGGUCUGCAAAGAAUAUCUUUGCCUUGUACGAGGACACUUGAAGAAUGAGCUCCCAUUUAUGAUCAAGGCACCCAUCUUGGAGACCGAGUCAGAGAUGGGCAUGGCAAGAAGUAUCGUGUCCGAAUUGGGCAAAACGGCAAUGACAGAGGUGAUGGAGGGCGUGAACUUUGUUGAUGUGGAAGGUCAACACAUGAGCAUGCUGAAGGUACGCAUCCACACAGGACGCACACACCAAAUCCGAUGCCAUUUGAGCCAUGAGGGGCAUCCGCUGGUUGGCGACCCUGUUUAUGGCGGUCCAACGCCGCCCUGGUGCAGCAGGCAUUGGCUGCAUGCUUGGAAGUUGAGUCUCGUAAUGAGUUCUGGCCAAGUGGAGGUGAAGGUACCUUUGCCAUCAGAUUUGCGGGGAACGCUGGAAAGGCUACGUCCGGCCCAAGAAAAUGAGGCGCAAAGGCUUAGCACUUGGGGUUUGUGA